AUGUUCAUGCAACUCAUGCGCAAUAAGGCAGCGGCGUCCAAUGACUCCAAUCCGUUCACCGUGGGCAAGGCCAAAGGAACAACAAACCCCACAUCAUAUCACAGGGGCCGGCGCCUGGUAUUCAACGACCUGCAAUUUAAAGACGACUUUACCGACUGGGUGAUCGAUCUUGAUCUCACCUUUCGUCAAGCAACCCAUCAACGCACCCAUGAGAUAUUUACCAACUACCUGGAAGACAUCGACAAGAUUCUGCCUAAAAGUCCGUCAACUCUUAGUAGCUGGGUUAAAGAGAAAUGGGUUGGUGAUGCUGGGAGACGUGCUUGGCUAAGGGAAAAGCUCCAUCUCGCCAUAAGCAAGAUUCACGUCUCGACAGAUGCGUGGACAUCUGAGGAAGGGACAAACGAUCUAGCUGUUGUUGCUCACUUCUUGGACGAAGGACAUAAGAUACAAACAUCGCUUCUGGAUCUUCCCCCUCUGAAAGGCCCUCACUCCGGCGAGAAUAUUGCCAAGGUGCUGUCAACAGCUAUCGACUUCUACGAUAUCUCCCAAGACAUUGGCUUCUUUAUGAUGGACAACGCUAGCAAUAAUGACACAUGCAUUCAGGAGCUAGCAAAGCAGUACCCUACAAUCAACCGUCAGAGUCGCCUUCGGUGCGUCGGUCACAUGCUGAAUCUCAUAGCCAAAGCUCUCCUCUUUGGGCGGGGCGUUAGAAAGCUGGAGAAACGGCUCCGCGGCGCAUCUGAUGUCCAGGGCGGCUGCCUCGACCUGUGA